AGACGAAGAACAUAACUGCUCACAAAAAAAAAAACGAGGAGGGAAAAAAUCGAGAAGAGGUUGAAACGAAGGAGAGGUUGGUCCUCUCUGUUUCCACCGUCUAUUGUAGAUCUCGGCCUCGGAAAUCGGAAGAAUCUUCAUAGCGAGUCCCGAGAAAGAUUGAAGUUGGGAUUCGAUUCGAAGCGUGAGACUUCGUUGGAUCGGGUUUGAAGCCGAAUGGUUAGGUCAGGGAGAUUAAGCGUAGAUUCGUCGUCGACGGCGAAUCAUCGCCGGACUCCGUCGCGUACGGUGACUUUGGGCCGUAUUCAGCCGCAGGCUCCGACGUACCGUACCGUCUACUGCAACGAUCGCGAGGGUAAUGCCCCCGUACGGUUUAAGGUGAAUUCCAUAUCUACAACGAAGUACAAUGUUUUAACAUUUCUUCCCAAAGGGCUGUUUGAACAGUUUAGGCGCAUAGCAAAUAUAUACUUUCUUGCAAUCUCAUGUCUAUCAAUGACACCGAUAAGUCCCGUAAAUCCAAUAACAAAUGUCGCUCCGCUGUCACUGGUGCUUCUUGUCUCACUCAUUAAAGAGGCAUUUGAAGACUGGAAACGCUUUCAAAAUGAUAUGGCCAUAAAUAAUAGUUUAAUAGAGGUCUUACAAGAUCAAAAUUGGGUACCUAUUCCCUGGAGAAAGUUGCAGGUUGGGGACAUCGUCAGGGUAAAACAGGAUGGAUUUUUUCCAGCUGAUAUUCUUUUCCUGUCCAGCACAAAUCCUGAUGGUAUCUGCUACGUUGAGACCGCGAACUUAGAUGGAGAAACAAACUUAAAGAUUAGAAAGGCCCUGGAAAGGACAUGGGAUUACUUGACGCCAGAAAAAGCCUCAGAAUUCAAAGGUGAAGUUCAGUGUGAGCAACCAAACAAUUCUCUGUACACUUUCACGGGAAACCUUAUAGUGCAAAAGCAGACAUUACCUCUCUCUCCAAAUCAGCUUUUAUUGCGAGGAUGUAGUCUUAGGAACACAGAAUACAUUGUUGGGGCUGUAAUUUUCACUGGUCAUGAAACAAAGGUAAUGAUGAAUGCCAUGAAUGCUCCUUCUAAAAGAAGUACAUUGGAGAAGAAACUUGAUAAACUCAUUAUUACAAUCUUUUGUGCCCUUGUCACGAUGUGCCUGAUUGGAGCUAUAGGCUGUGCAAUUGUGACAGAUCGUGAUCAUUAUUAUUUGGGUCUUCAUGAAAAGGAUUGGGAAUACCGUAACGCUUUGAUGAUAGCGUUUUUCACUUUUUUCACUCUAGUCACUCUAUUCUCAACAAUUAUACCGAUCUCUCUUUAUGUUUCUAUUGAGAUGAUCAAGUUUAUUCAGUCUACCCAGUUUAUCAAUCAAGAUCUGCAUAUGUAUCAUGCUGAGACAAAUACCCCUGCUUUGGCCAGGACUUCCAAUUUAAAUGAGGAACUUGGACAGGUGGAAUACAUAUUUUCUGACAAAACUGGAACUCUGACGAGAAACUUGAUGGAAUUCUUUAAAUGUUCAAUUGGAGGAACAAGUUAUGGGACUGGUGUCACUGAAAUAGAAAGAGGAAUCGCUCAGCGAAAUGGGUUAAAAGUCCAAGAGGAGCAAAAGUCGACUGGUGCAAUAAGAGAAAAGGGAUUUAAUUUCGAUGAUCCGAGGCUUAUGCGGGGCGCUUGGAGAAAUGAAGCGAAUCCAGAUCUUUGCAAGGAAUUUUUUAGAUGCCUGGCCAUUUGUCACACGGUACUUCCUGAAGGUGAUGAGUCCCCAGAGAAGGUUGUCUAUCAAGCUGCAUCCCCUGAUGAAGCUGCUUUAGUUACUGCUGCCAAGAAUUUUGGAUUCUUCUUCUACAGGCGCACUCCAACUAUGGUGUAUGUUCGCGAGUCUCAUGUGGAGAAGAUGGGAAAGAUCCAAGAUGUAGCUUAUGAGAUUCUUAAUGUUCUUGAGUUCAACAGUACAAGGAAGCGCCAGUCUGUUGUAUGCCGUUUUCCAGAUGGGAGGCUUGUGCUCUACUGUAAGGGUGCUGACACUGUAAUCUUUGAGAGAUUGGCUAAUGGCAUGGAUGAUGUAAAGAAAGUAACAAGAGAACAUUUGGAACAAUUUGGAGCUUCUGGAUUGCGUACCCUUUGCUUGGCCUACAAAGAUUUAAAUCCUGAAGCUUAUGAAAGUUGGAAUGAAAAAUUCAUCCAGGCCAAGUCUGCUUUACGAGAUCGUGAGAAGAAGUUGGAUGAGGCAGCGGAACUUAUUGAGAAGGAUCUUAUUUUGAUCGGAUCAACUGCAAUAGAAGACAAGCUUCAGGAAGGGGUACCUAGCUGCAUCGAGACCUUAUCGAGAGCUGGAAUUAAGAUUUGGGUGCUAACAGGAGACAAGAUGGAAACAGCAAUCAAUAUAGCAUAUGCAUGCAACUUGAUAAAUAAUGAGAUGAAACAGUUUAUCAUCAGUUCGGAAACUGAUGCAAUCAGGGAAGCUGAAGAAAGGGGCGACCAAGUCGAGAUUGCACGUGUUAUAAAGGAGGAAGUCAAGAAGGAGUUGAAGAAGAGCUUGGAAGAAGCUCAACACUAUAUGCAUACAGUAGCUGGACCAAAAAUGGCUCUCAUUAUUGAUGGAAAGUGUUUGAUGCAUGCAUUGGACCCAAGUUUACGCAUAACACUUCUCAGCUUGAGCUUGAACUGUUCUUCAGUUGUAUGUUGCCGGGUUUCUCCUUUACAAAAGGCACAGGUGACUAGCUUGGUGAGGAAAGGCGCGAAAAAGAUUACACUUAGUAUUGGUGAUGGGGCCAACGAUGUUAGCAUGAUCCAAGCUGCUCAUGUCGGGGUAGGGAUUAGUGGGAUGGAGGGAAUGCAAGCUGUGAUGGCUAGUGAUUUUGCCAUUGCACAGUUUAGAUUUCUUACGGAUCUGCUCCUCGUCCAUGGCCGGUGGUCAUAUCUUAGAAUCUGCAAGGUUGUCAUGUAUUUCUUCUACAAGAAUCUGACCUUCACUUUGACUCAAUUCUGGUUCACAUUUCGAACUGGAUUUUCGGGUCAAAGGUUCUACGAUGAUUGGUUCCAGUCAUUGUAUAAUGUCGUAUUCACAGCUCUUCCCGUGAUUGUUCUCGGGCUCUUUGAGAAGGAUGUGAGUGCAUCCCUUUCGAAACGGUACCCAGAACUCUACAGAGAGGGAAUACGUAAUUCCUUUUUCAAAUGGAGAGUUGUGGCGAUAUGGGCUGCUUCGGCUGUGUAUCAAUCUCUGGUUUGCUACCACUUCGUAACGGCCUCGGCUUUUGGUGGUAAGAAUUCAUCGGGCAGAGUGUUUGGCCUUUGGGACGUGAGCACGAUUGUAUUCACGUGUCUGGUAAUAGCCGUUAAUCUUCGGAUUCUUAUGAUGAGCAACUCGAUCACGAGAUGGCAUUAUAUCACUGUUGGAGGUAGCAUUGCGGCCUGGCUCAUUUUCGCUUUUGUAUAUUGCGGGAUUAUGACGCCUCGUGAUAGAAACGAGAAUGUAUACUUCGUCAUAUACGUCCUGAUGAGUACAUUUUAUUUCUACUUCACAAUCCUGCUUGUUCCUGUUGCUGCUCUUCUAGGUGAUUUCAUCUUCCAAGGGGUGGAGAGAUGGUUCAGCCCAUAUGAUUAUCAGAUAGUACAAGAGAUCCAUAGGCACGAGCCGGAGAGUAGCAAAGGGGACCAUCAGCUGGAGAUAGGGAACGAGCUCUCUCCCGAGGAAGCGAGAAGCUACGCGAUAUCGCAAUUGCCUCGGGAGAUAUCGAAGCACACUGGGUUCGCCUUCGACUCCCCCGGCUACGAGUCCUUCUUUGCAUCUCAGUUAGGGAUCUAUGCCCCGCAGAAGGCUUGGGACGUGGCUCGGAGAGCUAGCAUGAGGUCUCGUCCUAAGACCCCCAAGAAGAACUGAGGGUUAUGACUCUAAAAGCUGGUGUUGUACAUUUAGGGAUUCAUUUCCACCCAUUGGAAACGGUUUUUCCCUUUCCUUUUUUUGGGGUUUAGGGUUUAGGCCCCUUAGUUGAAUAUAUAGAGACCUUAGGAGUUAUUGGUGGUGGUUGUUAUUAUGCAUGUUUUUUUUUAUUAGAUUUCUAUGUUUUGUUCGGUUUUUCUUUAUGCCGAUGUUAUAUUUUGCCUUUAGCGAUGUUAUACACCCCUUUGUUACUUGUAUGAUUUUUGUUGGAAGGACAAAUAUUAAAGCUCCAAUGUACAGAAUUUGAGUUUUGAUC